GAGGCCGCUGCCCUUCGUUACAAAACGACGGGAAGAAAAACACAAAACAUCCCCCCAGCAUUGGGUUCAUCAACUUUUGUCAAAUGUCGUUCUAUCCACCGCACUGCAAAAACGUUUUGAUUAACAUUCGCAAAAGUCGAGAGGUUGAAUUGCGCGACAGGGAAAGAGUCGGUCGUUCCCGAAUAUAGAAGCGACCAGCCCUUCCGGUGACGGCAUCGUAUUUUUGUUGCUCCUUCUUCCGAGCUUGCUUGUGCAAUUCUGUUCUGGAGAGAAUUUCAUUGUAUAGCUAUCAAAAACUCCGAUCCCAGAAGCCUCUUCUUUUUCGUUGGUCGGUGAUUUUUCAAAGUCCUCUUUUUCCAACAUUCCUUCUCGGCGAAAUCGGUUCUUUGGCCUGCGCUGUGCUGGGGAGCUAAACGGUCCUGGCAGUCAACGUUGUAAUAUAGUGUGUGAAAGUAUAAAUCAAUCAAGAAGCAAACGUAGUACACAGUAAGCACAUAUACCUUUGAUAUUCUUUUUGUAAAUUAGCACGGGAGUGAACAAGUUCAAGUCUUAUAACACAAGAAACAAAGAUGGCUACAUUCGCAACUGAAAUUUGGACGCCUGGUUUGGUAGAAAAGCCCACGCACAGGCAUCCCAGCGUGGCCUCCAGACAAUCAUCUGUGGCGUCUCACAAGGCACCAUCGAGAAAUCCAAGCGGUGCGGCUGGUAGACCUCCGCCAGCCCCAGUGAGCAGUAGUAAUGGCUCAGUCUCGGGAGCAUCGACCGUGUCCGGUGUGGCUGACGAUAAGGGGCGACCUCCUUCACCUAGUAGCAUCACCUUUCCAGUCCCGCCUCGUCGUAAUAUUCUAUACCGCAUCUUCCAUCCGGGGGAAUCCGACGGAGAGCCUGUCUUUGGUCGUUCGCGCCGGUCCUAUGGCAGUGGCAGUGAGGCAGAGUCCGAAGGUGAACACUCGGAUGAGUCUGAUACGGAAGGAUUCUUUGGACGCCCACGUCGUCGACAGAACAGUCUCACGGAAGCAAUGCGCAAAGUGGAACUUAAUGAUUUGACCCGUCGCAGUGUCUCGACCAAGGAAAAGCCCAAACACCGCGGUCCUUCCAUGUUCAAGGGAGCGUCGGAUACUGAGGGUAGUGGCUCCGAGACAGAGCCUGAACCGGCUCAACCCAAGCGUUCGACAUCAAAGUCCAACAUCUUUUACGACCUGCUUCACGGUGGUAGGAAGCCCAAGAGUCAAUCUGCGCCUACGAGCCCUGGCAUCAAUCCCGUCGCUGCCCCGCUCGAGUACAGCUCUGACGACAGUAGCAAGAGCAGUGACUCGGAAGUGGAAACCAAAGUUGAACAUUCUCACAAUCUGUUCAAGGAUCUCAUUAUGCAUGCGCGACAAAAGAAGCAUGCUGUCGCUGGGAAAGCCGCCGAAAGUCAUGCUCGUACCGCAGGUCCUCCUAGCCCCGGUGCGGAUGACAAGCCGGCCAUGAUGAGGUCCUUGUCUGAGAACUCGCUCACCAAAUACGGACGCAAGGAAGAGAUUCUUGGUAGAGGUGCGAAUGCGGUCGUUCGCUUGUGUUGUCCUGCCGACAAUAAGGAAAAGAAGCUCGCCAUCAAAGAGUUUCGUAAGCGCCGCAAGAAUGAGACGCAGAAAGAGUAUGUGAAAAAGCUCGUUGCCGAAUUCUGUAUCAGUUCUACACUCCAUCAUGAGAACGUUGUGACUACUGUGGACUUGAUUCAAGACGAGAAACGGCAUUGGUGUGUCGUGAUGGAGUACUGUGCAGGGGGCGACUUGUUUGGACGGAUUCACUGUGGGUCUCUGAAGGACGUUAUAGAGGUUAAUUGUUACUUCAAACAGCUCGUGCAAGGUGUCGCGUACUUGCACUCUAUGGGUGUCGCCCAUCGUGAUCUGAAACCUGAAAAUCUCCUUUUGGAUAAGUCUGGACGGAUCCUCAAGAUUACUGAUUUCGGCGUCUCGGAAGUCUUCCGUACACCUUUCUGUAGUCUCACCCGGAAAGCUAAAGGGUUGUGUGGGUCCGGACCGUACAUUGCUCCCGAGGAAUUUGAAACAAGCGAAUAUGAUUCAGAGCUUGUGGAUGUCUGGUCCAUUGGUAUCAUCUACUAUGUUAUGAUCUAUAACUCUAUACCCUGGAAAGCCGCUGUACCGAGCGACCCCCGCUACAAGCACUUUCUCGAGAACAAGGGGAAAUUCUGGCCACUAGAUCGCUUACCCCCGGGACCACGUCGAUUGAUGUACCGCAUUCUGGAGCCUAACCCCGCUAAACGUGUCACCAUCAAGGAACUCUUGGAGGACGAAUGGUUCAAGAGUAUCCCCGUCUGUCAUGAGGAAUCCCCGAAUGAGGGUGUUGGUCAUAAACAUGUUUGUACGGCGAGUGCGUUGAAGCGUUGAUGGUGGAUGGUGGAACUUUGACGAUGAGUCUUUUGAAAAAAGCGUUGAAGAUUUUUGGGAUACUGGAUCUUUUGGUAUAUUGUCUAGUGUGGUAUAAUACAACUUUUAUUUUGUUUUGUUUU